AUGUCAAGCGAUCCAAACGAUCAACAGCAUGCGGCUGCGUCCGCUGCCCCUGCGUCGUCGGUAGGAGGCUCUGCUGAGCCGCCUAAGAGGAUCCCCAAGGGAGUGGUACUAGGCCCUGACGGCAAACCAUGCCGGAACUGUACGUCUUUUGCUGCAUGGGCUUCCCAAACAAAGAGUACUCUCAAACAGGACGCUGCAAAGGUCAAGGGUCCUCCGGCCGACUGCCCUCCAGAUGUCGAGGUGCUAGGCCGCAGUACAUGGACAUUGCUUCACUCUAUUGCCGCUCAGUAUCCGGAACAGCCGUCAAACGGCCAAAAAUCAGACCUUCUCAGCUUUGUCGGUCUGUUCUCUAAGCUAUAUCCUUGUUGGGUCUGCGCAGAAGAUUUCCAGGGGUAUCUAAAACGAGAAGCGCCACAGGUCAACAGUCGUGAUGAGUUCGGCAAGUGGCUGUGCGGCGCACACAACGACGUCAACCGCAAAUUGGGCAAGCCUGAGUUCGACUGUUCCAAGUGGGAGGAGCGGUGGCGGACAGGCUGGAAGGAUGGAAGAUGCGAUUGA